CCAUUUUCUUUCCCGUCACCUGUCGCCCUUCCCUUCCAACAUCGAACCAUGGCCGCUCCGGGAAAAGUCAUAGUCCUGACGGGCGCCUCGCGGGGCAUCGGCCUCUCCAUGGCCCAGUUCCUGCUGCAAAAGCAAUGCAGGCUGGUCGUCGUGGCCCGAAGCAAGGAGCCCCUCGACCGCCUGCGCGCAGACUACCCCGACCAGGUGCAGGUCCUGUCAGGAGACCUCUCCGACUUCUCCAUUGGCGCCCGCGCAACCGCUCUGGCCAUCGACACCUGGGGCCGCGUCGACGGCCUGCUCAUAAACCAUGGUGUCCUCGAGCCCGUCAAGCAGGUCCGUGACGCCAAUGCCGACGAUUGGAGGAAGGCCUUUGACAUCAACCUUUUCUCCGCCGUCGCCCUGGUGCAAGCCGCGCUGCCCGCCUUGCGCGCCUCCAAGGGCAACGUCGUCCUCGUCUCGUCAGGAGCCGCCGUCACGUCCUACACGGGCUGGGGCGCCUAUGGCGCGACCAAGGCCGCCUUGAACCACUUUGCGCAAACCCUCGCUGUCGAGGAGCCCGACAUAACCACCCUCUCCAUCCGGCCCGGUGUUGUCGACACGUCCAUGCAGGACAACAUUCGCGGUGUGCACCUCGAGCACAUGAGCAAGUCUGACGCCGAGAAAUUCGUCGGCUUGAAGCAGAAUGGCGGUCUGUUGAAGCCCGAACAGCCUGGCAAUGUCAUGGCACGUUUGGUUCUGGAUGCGCCCAAGGAGUUAAGCGGUAAAUUCUUGAGCUGGAACGACAAGGACCUGGCGAGCUUCCAAGACGCCUAAACGCCUGCAUGUCACAUGUACCUAGUAGAUCUUCGAAGGCGUUAGCUCGACUGGUCUCUUUAACGCGUUCAAGAUGGAAAUCAAUGUAGAAAUUUGUCUCAGUUGAAAGAUGAAAAGCUCGACACAAUAAACAACAUUGGGCGGUUAGACCCUCAGUCUUAGCAUGGAAUGUGAUCUUUUGUCAUCAUCGCGCAGGGGAGAAAAGAAAAAGGAACGGCUUACCUUUUAUAGAAGUUUAUGCGUAACAAUCCACGUGCCUGCCUAAU